UCGGCUCGGAGGGCGGCAGCGUGGUUCUGCUCUCGGUUCCGUGUGGGGAGGGAAAAAAAGGAAAAAGCAAGCCGCGGUGCCGCGUGAGGUCGCCCACGGUGACAUACGGAUGCCCGCGUGGCCACGCCACCGCUUGUUCCUGGCUCGAGCUGCGGAGACGCGAUGGGCUCGCGCUGACAUGCAACGUGCUGCCCUUCUGCACCUCCAACCGCGGCGGAGUCACGAGCCGCUGCGAGGUGACGCGUCCUCCGCUUCCAGCCCGAACCCCAACCCGAACCCGAACCCGAGCCCGCGGACGCCGCGUUGCCCGGCAGCCCGCUCCCAGACGCUGUGAAACUGCACCGCUUCCUCGUCGCUUCACGCCGGGCUCCUGUGGCGCAGAGUCGGCGGCGGACGGAGCAAGCGGUGGCGGCGGCGGCGGCGGCGGCGGCGACGGAGGAGGAGGAGGAGGAGGAGGAGGACACUACUUCGGGGGAAUGUCGACUGGCCGUCAGUCCUGACAUCGGCCUCUCUCGUCUCAGGCGCCAGGGAAAUGGGGUCAGUGUGUGGUCAGUGAAGCGUCCCAGAGAGCGGCAUGGCCCCGUGUCAGUUGAGCAUCUGGGUGAGAUGAGUAAUGCCGCUACGCAGCGUGACCUCCACUGACAAACGGGCACCGCUGUUCUCCGUACCCAGCCUCCACCUGAAGCACCAACCAGCCAAAUGCACCCAGACAACAAACUGGCCAGUCAUGGCAAGCAAGUGACAAGUGACAGCCGCUCGCAAAUACCCAAUGUGAAUCAGCAAGUCCCGCAGCAGCAGGGGGCUGCUGGACACCACGGUCCAAAGGCCGCUGCCACCGGCAGCCAUGGAGUCAAAGCCGGCCAGAUUUCUGCAGGCAACCCGGGCCUAAAGGCUGUCAGCCAAUCAGUGAGCAGCAUCACAGGGAUGCUGAAAACCAAAACCAAGAGGGAGAGGAGCGUCUCCAUCGACUCCAAUGAACCCAGAGACACCAAAGGAGAGGGUAUCAUGCGCAGUAAGCGGCGCUGUGUUUUGGAAAAGAAGCAGCCUUACAGCGGUGAUGAGUGGUGCUCUGGGCCAGAUACCGAAGAGGAUGAGGACAAGCCGCGUGUCGCACCACACCAGCGAGUGCUGGCCAGUGCUAUCCAGGGUCUCUCUGGUCGCUCCUCUGCAGGGCCCAUCUCUGAAGCCGGGGGUCCAGCAAUGGGACGUGGAGCGGGACCAGGACCGAAGUCUGAUCUAUCCCAAACUUCCCAACAAGUGGUGUAUGUUUUUACAACCAGCCUAGCCAACAGUGCUGCAGAGGCAGUAAUGAAAGGACAGACAGAUUCCAUCCUCCUGUUUCACCAGCAAAAUGUUCCACGCACCAAGUUGGAGCAGGGCCACCCAUCAGGGAAACUCCCUGCCCUAUCAGAAAAAGUGACUUCAAGCAGUUCACCAACUGGCACUCCAAAAUCUCAGAGUGGGACCCCAAGGCCAGCCUCUGCAGGACUGGGAGGCCACUUGCAUCCCGCAGGGACAUCGUCAUCAGCAGGACAUUCUGACAAUGAGUCCUCUCAAAACAGGCCUGGUGGGGCCUCCAGCAAUAACACCACUGCCAUUGCCCAUAAGUCAGGAGGAGGAGGCACGGCCACACCUGCUGCCCCGGUUCAAGGCACAGGAAGUGGGGAAGGUCCCAGGGGCAUGGGUCCCCCAGGCCCCAGUGUUUCUCCUUCAGGGAGCCCCUCAGCCCUAUCAGCACACCUGCAGAGUGACCCAGGGCAGAGGACUGGCUCAGGAAACACAGAUGGACUCUCCAAAGAGCAGUUGGAACACAGGGAGCGCUCUUUGCAGACAUUGAGAGACAUAGAGAGGCUGCUGUUGCGUAAUGUGGCUAGUGGGGGUCCUGGAGAAGCAGGAAACUCUAAAAACAAUCCAAACAAUAACUCCUCCAACCCAAACAAUAAUAACAACACUGACAGUAAUAGUGCUCUUGAAGAGAGCAGCAGUGCUGACAAUGCUGGAACUUGCAAUAGUGGUAAUGCUUUACCUUCAGCUUUGACCUCUAUGGGAGUGAUGAAGAAGUAUGAGGAACCCCUGCAGUCCAUAAUUUCUCAAACACAGUCUCUUGGUGGAUCUGGUAUAGACAACAGCUCAGUGGACUCUCACCACAACAUGCUGCAGCAUGCCCAUCGCCACCUCUCCUCACCUGGGCUUGACAUGGGUCCCUUACUUGGCCCUGAGGGGCUGACCCCAGAGCAGAUAGCCUGGAGAAAGCUCCAGGAAGAGUACUACCAAGAGAAGAGACGCCAACAGGAAAUGCAGCCACAUUCACAUGCACAACACUUCAGGAUGAUGUCUGAGAUGGGCAUCCAUGGAGGUCCCAUGAUGAUGAGAGGACCCCCUCCACCUUACCACAGCAAGCCUGGAGACCAGCCUUGGGGCCCUGGUGCCAUGAUGGGAGGGGGAAUGGGAGGAAACACACGUAUGAUUGACAUGCAUCAAGAGGGGCCAAGGGGCCCAAGGUUCCUUGGACAGAUGCAAAGAGGUCCUCCUGGUGGAGGAAGUUUUCAAGGUAAUUUGUCAAUGGAGGGUGUAGUGCCCCAAAGGGCUCCAAGGCCAGGAAUGGUCUGGCUAGAUGAUAUGCCCAACAGCAUGGGUGGAGGGAGUCCCUUUCACGGCUGCUACACUGGCGGACCAGGUGGACCUCCUCAACACUUGCAGGGCGACCCAGAUCGUCUUCUAACUCGUGAGGAAAUGUUUCGCAUCAUGGAGAAACGACAGCUGCAGGGGCUGCACAGGAUUGAGCUAGACUGGUUAGCAAAACAGCAGCAGCUAGGUGGCCUAGGCCCAAGAAUGUCAGAUAAUACUGGCGGUCAAGUUUUUGCCAACAUGGUAAUGGGUCGGGGUCCCUCCUCUCGGGGUGAACCUAUGGACUUUCCUGGAUCACGCGAAAUGAUGGGGUCUCCUGUCAGUGGGGGAGGCCCUCAGAUGAGAGAGUUGGUAGAUUCUCCUCUCGGGAGCAAUCUCAGUAUGAACGUGAACCCUCAGAUGAACACGCAACAGCAAAUGAUGCUAGCAGAGAAGCUCCGAGUAGGUUCUGCUGGCGGGGGUCCAUUAGGGGAAAUGUUAAGCCCUGAAGAGAUUUCACGAAUCAGGGCUUCACAGAAUGGAAGAGGAAAUAAGGGAAUGAUACCUGGGUCUGACGGUCCCCUCCACUUUUCCAAUCAGGGUCCCUUCUCUGGUGGACAGGCAGAAGGGGCCUAUCUCCAGCAGCCUGGCCAUGAGAUGUUUGGGCAUGACCAUCAUGGUCCUGCUCAAAUGGGUGGAACGUCACGGCUUAGUCACAUUCCUAUGACCGGAGGCCUUAGGGGAGCAGAACUUGGUCACCGCCACCCUUCUGAUUUAUCAAUUAAUGUUAAUCAAAUGGUCUCCCCUGCAAUGCCUCCUCCCCAUCAACUUAAAUCUCCCUCCCUCAGCCAAGAGCCAUCUCCACUCUUGCCUUCUCCCUCUGCUCCAGGACUUAAGUCCCCAUCUCAGAUUUCCUCUGCAGGGCCCCUCCCUCCUCUUCCCCCUGCUUCUGGUGCUGGAACUCCAUCAUCUUCUUCCAUGAGGUCUCCGCAAGUGAUGGGGUCCUCUUCCCUAGGUUUGCGUUCACCCUCUGCCUCUCCCGGACGCCUCAAGUCCCCAGCCAUGCCUGUGGGUUCUCCAGGCUGGACCUCCCCUAAGACAACUCUUCCAAGUCCAGGUGGACCUACCAGUGGCAAAGGGAUGGGAAAUGGGGGAAGCAGUUCCACUGAAACUGGCCCAUCACUGCCCGCCAGGAGUUCAAACUCCACCCCUAGUAGCCAGCCAGGUUCCAUGAAUCCCAGCAUGCCAUUUACUUCCUCUCCAGAUGUCCCUUCAACUCAGAACCCUUUGUCACUUAUCAUGACUCAAAUGUCCAAGUAUGCCAUGCCUAGCUCCACUCCCCUCUACCACGAUGCAAUCAAAACAAUUGCCACCUCCGAUGAUGAAAUGCUGCCAGAUCGCCCUCUUCUUUCUGGUGUCAGCAUUGGAGGAAACAUGGGAAACUCCCAGGCCUCCCAGAUGCUUGUGUCCCAGAAUUCCAUGGGACCCCACAGUGAUCCUCAAAGCCCCAUGGGAAUGGUGCUCCCAGGUCAGCAACAGCUGUCCCAUGACACCUCAGGACCUAUGCUGUCUUCCCCUAACCCCAUGGGCAUGCCUGGUAUGAAGUCUGCCAUGGGGGGAGGACCUCCUGAAGGAAUGGGACCCUGCAAUGUGUCACCAUUGUCUCAAAACCAGAUGGCAGGGUUCCCUCGCAUGCAGCCUCCGCCGCAUGGACCCAUGCACUCCCCCGUUGGAGGGAUGUCACAGCCAUUCCCUCAAUCCAAUGAGGAUGUUUUGCCACCUCAGCAGUUGCAUCUGCUCAGCAAGGGGCUUCCCCACCAGCGCCCCACCCACCCCUCAGACUCCUCCUUCUCCUCCCCCAUGCCCAUGGGAGAUGGCCCGGAUCUAAGUGAAGUUAUACGACCCUCACACACAGGGAUCCCUGAGUUUGAUCUCUCACGCAUCAUUCCCUCUGAUAAGCCCAGCAGCACCCUUCAGUAUUUCCCUAAAAGCGAGCCCCAGCAUAACCCACACCAGGGGCAGCCCACCCAGCAGCAGCUUGUCAAACAGCUCUCAUCUUUAGGCCCCCCACAGAACAGUGCCCCUUCAUCAAACCCCCACAUUGCCAACCUGCAGAAUAUGAUGGCAGAGCAGCAGCUGCCACCUCACCCCGCACACAGUGGGGUACGCCAAAGUAUGGGCAUGGGCUCCAGGAGUAUGGUUCCAGGUGGGGGCAUGGGCCCUAUGUGCCCCCCGGCACACAUGAUGGGACGGACAGGUAUGGUGUCCCAGCACCACCACCACCACCACCACCACCACCAGCAACAGCAGCAGGCCAUGAUGGCCAACAGCCUUCUCCCCCAUCCCUCCCACCCCCACCCAGGCAUGAUGUCCCCACAGCAGCACCCACACAAUCUGAUGGCACAGCAAAACCUUAUGAUGAUGCAAGCCAAACAACGAGCUAUGUCCCUUCAAGGAGACCCCUUUGGCCCCCAAGGGCCUCUAAUGUCCCCUCAGGGUCCCAUAAUGGGCCCUCCCCAUCCACAGUCCAGCAUGAUGGGCCCCCAGUCUCUAAGACAGCGGGGAAUGUCUCUGGACAGUUCCAUAGGCUAUGGCCCUGGAGGUAUGACCAACAUGCCUUUUUGAUCCAGUUCAUUAAAGUGUAAAAACCUUAUUUCUAAUAGUUUGCUUUCCCAUUAUGUCCAGAAGUUUUCAUUAAUGUUAUUGCUGCAAGUGUUUAAAAAUUUAAAUUGUUAAAAAAAAAAGACAUCAGUGAUGAUCUUCAAAUUGUGGAGUACAGCUGGUCAAAAAAGGAAUAUUUAAACCACCAUCACACGGUUCAGUAAGAGUUCUGAAGCCAUUUUCUAAAAUGCUGUAAAUUAUGUAUAUUUCACAGAUGUGUGUAUUUGUUGUGGGAAGAGGAGUGCCUCAAUUUUCUAUUUGUUUUAAUAUCAUUGAUUAUUUUCUCCAACUACCAAACUGUUGUGCAAAGAAAAAUAUAUAAAUAUAAUAUAUAGUUGCUGUACAUAAGAUGCAAUUUGUGAUUGUUUGCAAUUGUUCUGUAUAACUGUGUUUUAAUAGAAGUCUAAAAAAAGAAUAAUACUGAUCUG